GCAACAAAUUAUAAUCAAACACAAAUUAUAAUUAUUUUUUAAAAAACAAUUCUUUUUUCAACAAAAAAAAAUGGAGAUGAAGAAGAUUGCUUGUGUCACCCUAAUUGCUGCAGCCUCAAUUAGUGCAGCUAUGGCUCAAAUGCCCCCAAUUUCUGCACCUGCCCCUGCACCAAGUAGUGAUGCCACUGCUGCAUUGCCUGCUCUCGGAACUUUGGUUGGGGCUACUUUUUUGUCCUUCUUCGCUUAUUACAUGCACUAAUUAAAUUUGUUCACACAAAGUGAGGGGAAAAAGGAUUAUAAUCAUGGUGGGGAGCAAGAAGAUCAAUUAGUAAGGUAAAAAAGGGAAGAGGAUGAACAAUUGAAGGGAAUUCUCUUUGUGUAACAAAUUUUAUAUAUAUAUAUGAUAAUUAUCACCAACAAAAUAAAAUCAUUAUUUUGUGGUAUAUUAUUAUAAAUAUUGUUGUUGUGA